AUGGCGAACAGGAAGUCGGCGUGUUGUGGCGUUUCGGUGCUGGAGGCCACGCUGGCCGUCCUCUUCAUCGUCAUGACGACAAACCACUCGUAUCUGAUCGGCGUGGGUCGAGCCGACUGCACCGGGCCACCAGCAGAGGUCCCACUGAUGGGCUACGCUAACCCUCAGCAGUCGGCUGCAGGUAUACACACUCGUCUGUUCAGCCGAGCCUUCAUCGUCGACGAUGGGAGAAGAAGAGUCGUGUUCGUUACAGCAGAUGUUGGAAUGAUAUCACAGAGACUGCGUCUGGAGGUGUUGUCAGCCCUGCAGGUGAAGUUCGGGGAUGUGUAUCGUCAGGAGAACGUUGUUCUCAGUGGAACUCACACUCACUCUGGACCUGGAGGAUAUUUCCAGUUCACACUCUUCAUGAUGAGCUGCAAAGGUUUCAUCCGCUCGUCCACCGAGCCGCUCGUUAACGGCAUCGUCAAGAGUAUAGACAUAGCCCAUCGUAACAUGAAGCCGGGCCGGAUCUACAGGAACCGAGGAGACCUGGAGGACAGCAGCCUGAACAGAAGUCCACACUCGUACAUGAAGAACCCCGAGGACGAGAGACACAGGUACAAGUCCAACACAGACAAACAGGUGAUGGUUCUGAAGUUCACUGAUCUGGACGGAGACGGGAUCGGAAUGCUCAGCUGGUUCUCCGUCCACGCCGUCAGCAUGAACUACACCAACCGCCUGGUGAGCAGCGACAACAUGGGCCACGCCUCCUACCUGCUGGAGCAGGACAAGAACCCCGGGGAGCUGCCCGGUCAGGGCGGCUUCGUCGCUGGUUUCUCGUCCAGUAACCUCGGGGACGUCAGUUCCAACGUGAGAGGACCUCACUGUGUGAACACUGGACUGUCCUGUGACUACCUGAACAGCUCGUGUCCUGUAGGAGGGACAAAGAUGUGUCAGGCGUUCGGACCUGGAAACGACAUGUUCGACAGCACGAGGAUCAUCGGACACAACAUCUACAGGAAGGCCAAGGAGCUGUACGCAAGUGCAGCCGAGGAGGUGACAGGUUCCCUUCACUCUGCUCAUCAGUGGGUCAACAUGACGGACGUCAGUGUUCAGAUCAACAGCUCCCACACGGUCAGUACAUGUAAACCGGCUCUAGGUCACAGUUUUGCAGCAGGAACAACAGACGGAGGAGGAGACCUGAACUUUACUCAGGGUGCUGUGGAGGGCGACCCGUUCUGGGACGGCAUCAGAGACGCUCUCCUGGGUGAACCGUCCAAUGAGACGCAGGAAUGUCACCAUCCCAAACCAAUUCUGUUCAACACAGGGGAGAUGAACUGGCCUCUGCCGUGGCAUCCUCAGAUUGUCGACGUUCAGAUCAUCACCAUCGGAUCUGUGGCUGUCGUAGCGGUUCCCGGAGAGAUGACCACCAUGGCGGGUCGGAGGCUGAGAGACGCCGUCCAACAGGAGCUGCAGUCCGGGGGGGGGUUCGAGGACACGCAGGUGGUGAUCGCCGGCCUCAGCAACGUCUACACUCACUACAUCACCACCUACGAAGAGUACCAGGUGCAGCGAUAUGAAGGAGCUUCCACGAUCUACGGCCCGCACACGCUCACUGCCUACGUACACAAGUUCCGAGGGUUAGCCCGAGCCAUCGCACAGGACAAAGUGUCGGAGCUGCCGGUCGGGCCUCAGCCUCCGUUGUUCACCAAGAAUCUGUUCAGCCUGCUGCCGCGGGCUCCAGCCGAUAAAACCCCGGUGAACAGCAGCUUCGGAGACGUCCUGCAGCAGGUGGAGCCCUUCUACAGACAGGGUGAUGUCGUGUCCGUCACGUUCGUAGCAGGAAACCCCCGACACUCUGGAGACAUCAGAGAUAAAACCUUCGUUACCGUGGAGAUCUACGACAACAGAACAGACAGCUGGGAGGUCGUACACACUGAUGCAUCAUGGGAGACUAGGUUCCAUUGGCUGAAAGGGUCAAACGGGCGGAGUAACACCACCGUGGAGUGGUUCGUCCCUCCAGCGGCCCCUGGUGGCAGCUACAGGAUUAAACACUUCGGACACUACAAGCAGAUGAAAGGCCUGCGACCCGUCAUCACGCCGUACGAAGGCACGUCCGACGUCUUCAGAGUCUCCACCAGCUUCUACUACCAGUGACAUCAUCAGUCCGGAGCAGCGUUUGCAUCAGAGACGAAUGAGACUCUUUGUUCAAACAAGUUUUAAAACUUAAAUUUAAAGUCCUGCAUCUUGGAAAAAUAAACUGUGAAUCAUCAACAGUUACACUGAUCAUAAAGUUCAAACGUUCAAUAGAAUAAUCAUUUAAUUAACUCCUGUUAUUAGCAAAAAUAUUUAUUGUGAUUUGUAUAGAAAUAUUUCACACAAACCAGAGUUCCACAACACAGGGAGGAUUUUACCAUCAGUGCACAGAGGAGCCACCAGGAGGCGCACGGCCCCAUCAGAGCUCCUGGGGAAUCUGAUCUCUAUACAACUAAACGCUUCUUUCUUCUUUGUUCAUGUUAUAUGGAAGUUAGGUCGAGAAAUGGAUCCGACACGAUUUUAAACAUUUGGACAAAACAGUUUUUGUUUUUUCAGCUCAUUUCACUUUCAUUCUUUUUCCACUGGGGAGUUUGUAAUUUAAUUUAGGUGUUCGCCCUUUUCUUCAAACUUCAGUCGAGAUUCUUCACAGGAUUAUUUACCUGCAGCUUUUCUCUGAUAAUGUUAAUGCAAAUAUCUCAAAAUGAUGUAAUCAAUGUGAAACACAACAAUGAUCUGUAAACAGGAAACACAAA